AUGACUCAACAUCCUCCUUCCUUUCAUCCAGAUACAUAUGAAGAAAAGUAUCUAGCAAGGACGUAUAAUGAAAAUGGUUUACGUGGUGAAGCAGGACUGUGGUUUACACACGGUAGAGGCAGUAAAUUAUACGACAAAGACGGUCGUGAAUUUCUUGACUUCUAUGCAGGAAUUGCUGUCUCAGGUCUUGGUCAUGGAGAUGCUGAUUUGUAUCAGAGUCUAGUUGAAAAUGGCAAGAACGUGACACACGUGAGCAAUUUGUUUCACUCGAGAGCACCAUUAGAAUUGGCCAAGACACUUGUGGAUCAUUCAUGCUUUGAUAAAGUCUUUUUUGCAAAUUCAGGCACAGAAGCUAAUGAAGGAGCUUAUAAAUUUGCAAGACUUUAUGCAAAUCAUGUGACAAAGGGAACGUCACUGGAAGGAAAAAAGAUGGAGUUUAUUUCAUUCAAGCAUGGAUUCCAUGGUCGUACAGCUGCAGCCUUGACAUUAACUCAUAAGCCCAAGAUUCGAGAUGCUUUUAUGCCACUUGUACCAGGUGUUCACUAUGCUGAAUUUAAUGACAUUGAGAGUGUGAAGCACCUUAUUUCUGACAAGACAGCGGGUGUUUUUAUUGAGCCUGUACAAGGAGAAGGAGGAGUGCAUCCUGCUGACCCGAAAUUUAUGACUGAUUUGCGUGCGCUGUGUGAUAAGCACGAUGCCAUGCUAAUCACGGACGAGGUACAGUGCGGUCUCGGCCGUACGGGCAAGUUGUUUGCACAUGAACUAUAUGAUGUGACACCAGACAUUAUGACGCUGGCAAAGCCGCUUGCUGGUGGAUUGCCGAUAGGUGCUGUACUCAUGUCUAACAAGGUGGCGUCGGCUAUUACCCCUGGUCAGCAUGGUACGACAUUUGGUGGUAAUCCGCUCGUGUGUGCCGUGGCCAAUACGGUACUGAACAAAAUCAUGGAUGAGAACUUUCUCGCCAAUGUGCAAAAGCGUGGCAGCUACUUGGCUAAUGGUCUGGAGAAGUUGCAGCAAAAGUAUCCUGACAAGGUGGUUGACGUCCGCAAGCCGAUUGGCAAGGGUGGUCUGUUUGUUGCCCUUGAAUGCGCCAAGCCCGUCGGCCCGCUCAUCGAAUACGCGCUGACAAAGCAGCUGCUCAUCAUUUCGGCCGGUGAAAACACGAUCCGUUUGUGUCCGCCACUUGUCGUGGACGAGAAGGACAUUGACAAGCUACUUGAUGUCUUCGAGAAGGCAUUUGAAGAGAAUGUUGUGUAA